AACUUCAAACACAAAUAACUGACACUUAGAUUUCUUGAAUCGAUUUCAGUAUUUCUAAGAAGACCGGAUAUCUAUAAAUAUAUAAAUUAAUAAUAAUGAACAAAUUAGAUAAGCCACAGAUAAUUUGUCAUAUUGAAAAGUCUGUCGAUUACUCGCUGUUCGACGCAAAAUGGAUACCCUGCAGCACAAAGUUUGUGGUUAUGGGAUCGAAACCUCGUGGGUCUGGAGUAAUACAAAUUUACGAAGUCUCCAGCGGACAAUUGAAACUUGUAAAAAGUAUUGAACGUUCUAAUCCAAUGAAAUGCGGGACAUUCAAAGCGUCCAGUUUACGAGACCGUUUUCUAGCAACUGGUGAUUUUAAAGGCAAAUUGAAUGUAUAUAAUCUAGAGGAGCCUUCGGUACCAAUUUAUUCAGCGAACGCUCAUAGCGAAAUAAUAAACGCGAUUGAUGGCGUAGGAGGACAGAGUGUCGGCCACGGAGCGCCAGAGAUAGUCACCGGGUCUCGGGAUGGCAGCGUCAAGGUCUGGGACCAGAGACAAAAAGGCCGACCUGUCGCUGUAUUUGAACCCAAAGAAGGUGACAGCAGACGGGACUGUUGGUCAGUCGCUUUUGGCAACUCUUAUAAUUCUGAAGAGCGUGUCGUUGCUGCUGGUUACGACAAUGGGGAUGUCAAGAUGUUUGAUCUCAAAGCAAUGUCUCUACGCUGGGAAAGUAAUCUGAAAAAUGGAGUCUGUGCUCUGGAGUUUGAUAGAAAUGAUAUUCCGAUGAAUAAACUCGUCGCCACGACUCUAGAGUCGAAGUUUUAUUUGUUUGAUCUCAGAACCCAACAUCCGAAAAGAGGAUUUGCUUAUUUAACUGAAAAAGCCCAUAAAUCCACAGUUUGGUUGGUCAAACAUUUACCUCAGAAUCGUGAAAUAUUUAUGACAUGUGGCGGUGGUGGUUCAUUAUGUCUUUGGAAAUAUAACUAUCCAGAGAAAAGAAAACAAACGGAUGCUGAUGGUGUAGCCCAUGGAGUAGUCGGUAGUGUCGAUUUAUUACAAAAUAGUGUGAUAUCAUCCCAACCUGUCAGUUCACUUGACUGGUGUCCGGACAAAAUUGGUCUUGCUGUCUGUACAGCAUUCGAUCAAUGUCUACGAGUACUAAUUACCACUAAAUUAAAUCUCUAUUAACUUAGAAAUUAUUUUAUUAUUUACUUUUACUAGCUUCAAUUAAAGACCUAUAUAAUUUUAUUUAUCUACAAUUAGUAUAAAAAAUUUUAUCGAAUUUAAAAAUCAAAUAAUAGAAUAUUUAAUUACAUUUUAAUAUUUUUCACGCAUAAUAACUUAGUUUUGAAUUAGAAAAUUUUUAUAAAUUUUAUUUGUUUACUUUAUUAAAUAAUAACUUGUGUUAA